CCCACAUGGCUCAUUGCAUGGAAUCCCCAGAGCAUUUCCUGUUGCAGGGGAAGGCUGAGUGUCUCUACACAAAUGUGUCCCAGCGGGUGAGGUUUGUGCUGAAGUUCAUCUGGGACCAGCAGCAGUACGUUCACUUCGACAGCGAUGUUGGCGUGUUUGUGGCUGACACUGUGCUGGGUCAGCCUGAUGCCACAUACUGGAACAGCCAGAAGGAGGAGUUGGAGUACAGCCGGGGUGCAGUGGACAGCGUCUGCCAGCGCAACUAUGGGGUGGCUGAGCAAGCCCAUGUGCUUGGCCGCACGAAGCCCAAGGUGAAAGUCUCCCCAGCAAAAUCAGGGGCCCAGGCCCACCCGGACGCACUGAUUUGCUCCGUGACGGGGUUCUACCCAGGCAACAUUGAGGUUAAGUGGUUGAAGAACGGGCAGGAGCAGACGGCCGGAGCGGUGUCCACGGAGCUGAUGCAGAACGGAGACUGGACCUUCCAGAUCCUGGUGAUGCUGGAAGUGACCCUCCACAGCGGGGACAUCUACACCUGCCAGGUGGAGCACAGCAGCCUGCCGGGACCCAUAACUGUGCUCUGGGAGGUGCAGUUGGACUCAUCCAGGAGCAAGAUGCUGACGGGGAUCGGGGGCUUCGUGCUGGGGCUGAUCUUCCUGGCGCUGGGACUCCUUGUCUACUUGAGGAAAAAAAAAGGGCUCCUGAGAUAGAUCUUGAGGCUUUGGGGCCUGUGUCUUGCAUGAUUCUCCAGCCA